AUGUCCAGCCCCAGCAUAAAGGUCCCGGUGUCCGUGAGCUUCUGUCAGUCUGGAGGCCACACCGUGCACAAUGAGCUCCUCUCGGGCACCCAGGAUGGGGUGUGUGGGCGGGCACGGGCUGAUGGCAUUGUUGCUGGCCAGUCUCAUUAUACCAGGAACCUUGGCAAAGAGCAUCGGGACCCUCUCAGACCCCUGUAAGGACCCCACGAGGAUCACCUCUCCCAACAACCCUUGUCUCAUUGGAAAGGCUGGCUCCAGCAGCCUCAGCAGCCACGGUGGAUCCAGCACUUCCCAGGGAGCUUCUUCAGGAUCUCUGAUCUUUAAACCAGGAACAGGGUAUUCCCAGAACCCCUAUUCUUCUGGGUCUGGCUCAUUCCAGUCUGGAAGCAGCGGAUCUCAGCAAGGAAGCAGCGGAUCUCAGCAAGGAAGCAGCGGAUCUCAGUCAGGAGGCAGCAGCUCCCACUUCAGUGGCUCCCACUCAGGAAGCAGCAGCUAUCAGACAGGAGGCAGCCAUUAUCAGACGGGAAGCAGCAGAAAUGGCUCUGCUCUGCCAAUCGAUGACAACUCUUCCCGCCAGACCUCAGGCACCAUCCAGUCGGGAGGCUCCUACACUUCCCACAGCUCCGUGGUGUCUAGCAGUAUCUCCAACCAGCGGCCCUGUAGCUCCAACGUGCCCGACUCUCCCUGCAGUGGGGGUCCUGUGGUCACACACUCCGGGCCCUACAUCUCCAGCUCUCACACCGUCUCGGGCGGGCAGAGGCCUGUAGUGGUAGUGGUGGAGCAACACGGCUCUGGUGGCCCUGGAGGGUUUCAAGGCAUGCCCUGUAGCAACGGCGGCCCCUCGGGCAAGCCCUGUCCUCCCAUCACCUCUGUCCAGAAACCCUAUGGCGGCUACGAGGUGGUGGGUGGCUCUGCCAGCAGUUAUCUGGCCCCAGGCAUGACCUACAGUGGGGGUAAAAUUUACCCCGUGGGCUACUUCACCAAGGACAACCCUGUCAAGGGCUCGCCAGGGGCCCCCUCCUUUGCGGCUGGGCCCCCAGUCUCGGAGGGCAAGUACUUCUCAGGCAAUCCCAUCAUCCCCAGCUACAGCUCUUCCAGUUCCAAUGCCUACCCAGCCUCGGGCAUCGUGUUCCAGCCCGUGGGCAGUGGCGGAGUCCAGCCCUGUGGUGUCGGUUCUAAGGGGCCUUGCUCCGGUUCGAGAAUUCAGAUCACUUCCAGCAGCUCCUCUACCUCCUUCCAGCCCUGCGGCAGCGGUGCUUCCCAGGGGCCCUGCUCCCCACCAGGCACCGGCUCCAUCGGUGGGGGAAGUUCCUCCCUCUCCACCGGCAAAAUUGUCCUCCAGCCCUGCGGCAGCAAGUCUAGCUCUCCCGGCUACCCCUGCCUUUCCGUUUCCUCCUCCACACUGAACGGAGGUCUGAAUGGCUCUCCUCAGUCUGUCCCCACCGUGGUGGUCAAGCCUUGUGGUCUCAACAGCCCUGGAAAGGUGCCCUGCCGUUCCAUCCGGGACAUUCUGGCUCAAGUGAAGCCUCUGGGGCCCCAGUUGGCAGAUCCGGAAGUUUUCCUGCCACAGGGAGAGCCACUUGACAAGCCUUAA